AUGCCUAUCGCAACAAAGACUCCUCUCAGACCUUGGGUCCCUCCUGCCGAGACUACCGCUAAUGUGGAGUAUGCCAAUCUGAGAACUAUCGAUCUGAGCAAGUUCGAUUCUGAAGAUGCGUCUGAACGAGAAGCUGUAUUUAGAGAAUUCCAAACGGCCGUAAAAGAGGAUGGAUUUCUAUAUUUGGUAAACUUCGGUCUGACCCAAGCCCAAAUCGAUAAGCAAUUCGCUAUCGCCCAGCAUGCGUUGAUCGAUAACGGGAUCACCCCGGAGGAGAAGCAGAGGUUGGAAUGGAAAUAUUUGAACACUGGAAAAUACACUGGUUAUAAACCGAGGGGAUACUGGGAUAUCGCUCAAGGUGUCAAAGACAACGUGGAGAGUUUCAAUUAUUACAGCGAAACUAUGUGCGAUGGGAAACACCUCCCAGCCUGUCUCCGGGAUUACAUUGGGGAGAUCGUUGACUUUAACACUUACCUACACGAUGUCAUUAACAAGAAGCUACUCGCUCUUCUGUCUCGUAUGCUUGAGCUCCCAGAAUCAUACUUGUGGGAUCAUGUUCAAUCCCACAAUGGUCCGAUUGGAGAGGGCUACUUCCGUCAGAUGAUGUUCCAUCCACCGCCUGCUGAACACCGAAAAAAGUCGGACGUGCAAAUGCAUGGUCACCAGGAUUACGGGAUUACUACCCUUCUUCUCAGUCAACCGAUCGCAGCACUCCAAGUACUGUCUGCUGACGGUCAGUGGCGGUUUGUGAAGUAUAAGCCAGGUGGUAUGAUCGUAAAUCUGGGAGAGGUCUUGGAAUUCAUCAGUGGGGGCCAUCUCCCCGCGACCCGUCACCGAGUCACACAAUGUCCCGAGGAUCAAGCCGACAAAUACCGUUUAACAAUCGGUCUAUUCACCGCAGCUAACAACGGCUUAUCCUUGGCACCUUUGACCGAUUCUCCCUUGCUGGCGAGAGAGGGGUAUGUGUCCCGUUUUGAGGCCGGGUCUGACGGGGUGGUCGAUGCUACUAAAAUUCCCACCGCUGAGCAGUGGCGUGUUGCACGGGUAUUGAGAUCACAAACACCUCCCGAAGACGUCGUUGUUGUGAAGGGCGUCAAGUACAAUCGUCAAUACUUCCAAGGCAUCUAUGUUUUAGAACCUAUUUGA